AUGCACCCUACCAUUCCACCCAACAACAAUACAGUAAACACCCUCAAGAUACCUCACCCCCAUUUACACAACAGUGAUCUCAGCAGCAAUCUUGUAAGAUUAGAAGCUGCUAUGGCACAACUAACAAGGACUAUCUCCAUAAUAUCAAAGAGACAAAUACAAGCUGACAAGAAGAUGGAUGCAAUCCAAGAGGAGGCCAGAUCCAACAUAUGGAAUCAAGGUGCAGCAAUCUCGAAAUUGGAAGCACAACUAGGAAGCCGGUCCAAGGAAAUACCAAUGCCCACACAUACAUUCCCUAGUGAUACCAUUGCCAACCUAAGAGGGGAGUGCAAGGCCAUCACACUAAGGAGUGGAAAGGUGAUAGAUGAAGCAUUCUCAAGCCACAAUGAGCAAGAAGAAGAUGCUGCCAGUGGGUCAAAAAGCAAGAAGGAAGAAGAGACACCUGAGCCACUGAUAAACCACUAUUUUAUGGGUUAUCUUCCACCCCCACUAAAACAAGUCCUCAAGCCUUAUGUGCCUAAUGCACCCUAUCCACAAAGGUUGAAGAAGGAUGGGAAGCACAGCCAAUUCUCUAGGUUUUUCGAGAUCUUCAAGAAGCUUCAAAUCAACAUCCCCUUUACUGAAGCAUUAGAGCAAAUGCCGCUCUAUACCAAAUUCUUAAAGGAGCUCAUGAUAAGGAAGAGGAUUUGGGGAGAAAAAGAGACUGUAGUGCUCACUGAAGAGUACACCAUAAUACAAAAGAAGCUCCGCCAGAAAUUGAAUGACCCUGGGAGCUUCCAAAUCCCCUGUAUCAUUGGGGAUAUAAGCAUUGAGAAGGCACUAUGUGAUCUAAGAGACAGCAUCAACCUUAUGUCCUUGGCAAUGAUGAAAAGGAUGAGGAUUGAAGAAGCAAAACCUACAAGAAUGGCUCUUCAAUUAGCUGACAGAACUUUCAAAUUUCCCCAUGGUGUGGUGGAGGAUUUGUUGGUAAAAGUGGAAGAGUUCAUCUUCCUAGCUGAUUUUGUUGUGCUUGAUAUGGAAGCAAAGGCCAACACAUCAAUCAUCCUCGGAAGGCCAUUCCUAGCUACUGCUGGAGCCAUAAUUGAUGUUCAAAAAGGGGAGCUAGUCUUGAGAUUACAUAAAGAGAAGAUGGUCUUCAAUGUCUUUAAGGCAAUGAACUACCCCAAGGAAUCCAUUGGUGAAUGCAUGAUGGUGGAUACAAUUGAAAAUCUAGUUCAAGGAGUCCUAGAGGAAGAACAAUGUAAAGAAAUCAAAGAGCAAGAUCGACAAGGCUCAUGUGGUGAGCUACCACUGGAGACUAUGGACGAAUCAAUCAUGAUGGACAAGACAAGUAAAAUGGAAGUGGAGGCACCAAAGUUGGAGCUGAAAACUCUGCCUCCAAGCUUGAAAUAUGCUUACUUGGGUGACAACAACACAUACCCAGUGAUCAUCAAUUCAAGCUUGAAUGAGGAACAAGAAGAGGAGUGA